AUGGGAAAGCACAAGCAGACCAAGCGAGAACGCAAGUUUGCCAUCACGGGCGGCGUCAAGGGCCGUUUGGAGAAUGGUGGAACCAUUGUGUCCAAGGGCAAGAAAAAGAUGAAAAAGAGAGCCGAAAAGACUAGUAAGGAUCUUGCCGCCAUUGAAAAGAAGGAACGACGAGCGCAAAGGAACGCCGAUGAAUACAAGCAACAGCAGAAAGCGCAACGUGAUGCAGAAGAUUUUACAGGACGUGACAACUUGAGUGGCAUGGAUGUCAAUUCGUUCUUUGCCACUUUGGAAGAGGAAUUGACCAACAACAAAAACCAGCUCUCUGACUAUGAGGAUGAUGAUGUCAUGAUGAGUGAUGAUGAUUCAUCGGAAGAAGAUCCAAAGAAAGAAGAGGAGAGCGACAAUGACGAGGAAAGCUCUGAGGAGGAGGAAGAAGAAAAGCCCACCAAAGCGAGCAAGAAGAAAACUGAGCUUUCUUCUAAAGCCAAAUCUUCCAAGAAAGAAAAAGAGGCAUCCAGCAGUAGCAGCAGCAACAGUGACGAGGAUAGUGACAGCAGCAGCAGUAGUGAUGAUUCUUCGUCGGACAAAAAGCCUCCCAGCAACAAGAAAAAGGCAUCCACAAGCAACAAGAAAACCAAAAAGGCUGCUUCAGAUGGCGAUGAUGACAGCGAUAGCGACGACGAGGACAUUGACGCUGCAGAAGCCAGAAUGAAGGCAGAAAUGAAAAAGCUGCAAAGUGAGGAUCCCGACUUUCACGAGUUUCUAAAGGAGAAUGAAGAGGAAUUGUUGGAUUUUGGAGAAGAACAAGAAGAAGACGACAAUGACGACGAAGACGAUGCUGAGGACAAAAAAGACGACAAGGAAGAUGACAAGGGAGGUGAUGCAACCAGCAUUGAAUUGACACCCAAAAUGCUGCGAGACCUGAGCAGGGGUGCUUUUCAAGAUCACGGAAUCAAGAGUCUCAAGAAACUGCUCAGGGCAUACAAAUCAGCCUGUAAAGUCGCAACCAACGCCGCCGACGACGACCAGGGCGGAGACGACAACAAUAGCAACAACAAAAAGAAGCGACGACGACAAAAGAACCAAGAAAAAUCCUAUCGAAUCGAGUCAUCGAAAGUCUUUGAUUCUCUCAUGGUCACGACGUUGGGACGUUGUCAUGAAUCCUUUUACUAUCAUUUGCUCGCGACGGAAGAAGAAAAGCAGCAAGCCAGCCAAAACAAGAAGACUGCGAAAGCCAACAAAGAUAACAACAAAGAGGCAAGCAAUAAAGGCAAGAAGGGUACGAAACAGAAACGUACCGGUGAAGAGGAUGACGGAGAUGACGAGGAAAGGAAUCCUGGUGAAAAUGAGGAGAAAGAAGGAGGCAAAGAAGAAGACACUGUUGAUGUCGAUGAAACACCUUUGGAUCCAAAGGUUCUUGAGCGAUCCGACAAAUGGGUGGACGUCAAGCCUCUCCUCAGCGUCUUUCUGAGGUCAACAUUGCAUCUCAUUUCCGAAUCGAAAGAGCCAGAUCUCUUGGCUAUUGUCCUCAAGUCGCUGGACAAGUAUAUCCGAUACAUGACACCUUUCCCUCGCAUUGCUGAAGCCCUGCUCAGGACAUUGACGGGGCUCUGGUCUGCGCCUAUGGGAGAUGCAUCGGCCGAUUACCAAGUCGUGCGUUUGAAUGCAUUUCUACGCAUCCGGCAGCUCGCCCUCACGCAACCCUUCCCAUUCAUUGAGACUUGCUUGAAAAAGACCUAUUUGGCAUAUGCUCGAAGAGCCAAGUUCGGGGGAGAUUCAGCCUCGGUCAUGUCCAACACGUUGCCCACGCUCACAUUUAUGGGAAACUGCCUCGUGGAGCUGUACAGUCUCGACCACUCGUCUUCGUACCAGCACGCAUUUGUCUACAUUCGUCAACUUGCAUUGCUGCUAAGAGCAUACAUGCAAAAGAAGACCAAAGAAGCUGCACAGCAGGUGUUCUGCUGGCAAUUCAUCCACUGUCUCAAGCUCUGGGUAGCGGUUCUCUCCACUUGUUGUAAACAAGCUCGAGAAGGGACAAACGACGGGAAGAAUGCUGAUCACUUGAUGCGAGAGCUGGUGUAUCCCUUGACUGAAAUCAUCAUGGGGGUAGUCCGACUCAUGCCCGCCCCGACUCGUUAUGUCCCUCUACGAUUCCAUUGCGUCCGUCUUUGCCAGCAGCUCGCAGCCGCGUCGGAAAAGUUCAUCCCCACGACCUCACUUCUCAUGCCGAUACUAGACCUCAAAGAGAUCAGCGCGAAACCCAAGAAGGUCAAGUCAAGAGGAGCGACUACUCGAGGGGUGCAAUUGCCGUUUCUACUUCGCUUGCCAAAGGACGAUCCGCUGCGGACAGCAGAAGAACAAGAAGCAGUCAUGGCAGAACUGUUCAAACUUCUGAACCGAGAACUGGACCUGUAUCAAUAUUCCCCUGGCUUCCCGGAGUUUCAAUUCAACGUCAACCAACGCUUGAAGAAGUUCAUCAAGAACACCAAGAAUAGUCGUUGGCGUGUGUAUGCCCGCGGGUCUGUUGAUUUGUGUGAACGCCACAUGGAUUUCGCCAUCCAUGCGCGGUCAGACCUUUCGGCAGCACCGAAGGAUGUGAAGACUUUGGAAUGCAUUCGGCCUCAAAAGGAGUCUUCCAUGGGAGAUAGGUAUGCCGCGGCCGUUGAGAAGGAAAAUAAGGAAUGGACAAGCUUGAUCGCACCAACGUUGGCAAAGCAGCAGUCUUCUGGUGCUCUCGGAAGAAAGAAUGACGCUGUCGAAGGCGGUGGUAACAGUGACGACAACGACGAGCCCAAAAAGAAGAAAGCAAAGCGGGGAAAGAAAGCAGCGCAAGUUCCACCACCAGCUGUGGACGACAAAGUGAUGGACAUCGAAGACACGGUAGAGGAGGGAGUGGUGUGGUCUUCCGACGAUGAUGCGUAGAACAGGUGGCUACCAGUAGUUAUUGUUGUGCUUGCUAUUGACUUUGCCG